AUGUCUUCACUCAGGCUAUACCACAUAGCACUUUUAGUUUGUUUGCUUAGCGGCGGUAGUUGCCAGCUAACCAUAGGCGAGUCUUCAUUGCCUGGGAAUAACCUGGCGAAAUGGUUAGACGACAUACAUGAAGAACGCCCAUUUGACACCUUACUUGUGGCACAUCCUAUUGCUGGUGUUGAUAGCAGAUUGGAGAGCGUUUUAAGAUUUCCCAAGCCCAAAGUGCUUUUACAAACUUCUCAAGCCUUUGCCUACAAAGAGAAAUUUAAUUCUGAUAUUCUGGUGAUUAUCACAAUGAACAGCGUAUUGGAUGGAGAUUUGAUGGAGGUCACCGCUAGAACAUUGCAUUUUUUGCGGCAUGUAAGAAUUCUGCUGUGGGCCUGGGAGGUUGAGGAUCAAAAGGAUUUCAUGAACACCACUUUGGGCUUGUUGCAAAGGUACAAAAUGACAAAUGUCUUGCUAACAUUUGUGUAUGAGCUGCAGGAGUUGCCUAACGUAUAUCAACAGCUAAAGCCGUAUCCCAGUUACCAUUGGCUCAGCAAUACCAGGCAGCCAAAGUCCCAGGAAUAUUUUCCCCUUCAUUGGCUUAACAUGCAAAAUAUAACUAUAAGAACCCACAGCGAUCAGGCUAUUCCAAAGUCCUUUUUGUACCUGGAUGCCGCAGGAAAUUUAAAAGUCAAUGGCUAUGUGGCCCGCUUGAUCUUACUUUUUGCCCAACAUUUCAAUGCCUCACUUCAGUGGUAUAAGCCCGUCAAAUUGGGAGAAGUCAGCCAUUUUAUGGCAGUUAAUUACUUAGUAGAUGACAAUUUGAUCGAUAUACCCAUGACGACGAUUAUGUCAAAAACACACCAGGAAUGGCAACAUCGUUCAUACCACUUUCAAUAUGAGUAUGGCACAUUGUUUGUGCCCUGCGCCCAGCAGCUGACGCUCAAGGAAGUAUUCAGCGUUUUAUUGGAUGUGCGUUUCUUUGGUUUGAUUAUCUUCUGCACCGUGCUCUUCUCCCUGCUACACUCGCUGGUAGACUAUCUCUUGGAAGGCAUUAUGGCAACUUCUGAUGUGCUGCUCAGCCAUAGAGUUUUACCAGCAGUAUUGGGGCAAUCUUUUGUGGCUAGAAAUUCACCAUGGAAAGUUUUGAAAUUGAUCUACAUUAUUUUAUCCUUUUUGGGCAUCAAUAUCACCUGCCAAUUUUCGGCUACCAUGAACUCACUCUUCACCAGUCACCCGUAUCACAGGCAAAUCGAAACAUUGAUGGAUAUUCGCAACUCACCCUUGAAACUCAAUAUCCUAAAAAGUGAUCUCGAUCUAAUGGGUGGCACUUUGCUGGAGAUUUUCAGAUCACUGAUCACCACCAACAAUGCUACCCAAUAUGAUGAAAUGCGAUUCAACUUCAAUACCUCAACCGGUUAUUUUGCCUUUUCGAGUUUCUGGCGUUUGUUGGAGUUAAAGCAGCAAAACUUUAACCAAAAGCUCUUCUGCACCUAUGAGAAUAUGACGGUUUUUCUUUUAAUACCUGCUUCAAUUCAUCUGCAACCAAAUUCUCAAUAUAAAGAGCCCAUGGAUUAUCUGGUGCAGCAAGUGAAUGCCAUGGGCUUGGUGCAUGCAUGGUAUGCAAGCACCUUUAACGAUAUGGUGAAACAGAAGAAAAUCUCCCUGUUUAAUGAAAAUGCCGAAGAGAAGGUUCAAGCGAUGACUGCAAGUGAUCUCUACUGGAUCUGGAUUAUUUUGAUAAUAGGAUUGGGUAUAAGCGUAGCAGUAUUUUUGGCUGAAUUUUGGCAUUACAAUGCGACCAGAUUCUUGGACUAA